AUGCACGUAUUCGUACACACGCUCGCCGUUACCGCCGCCUUUUCUGCGUCGUUCGUGCCCAUGCUCGCAGCACCGAUAAUCUCCAUCGGCCGUCGUCAAGACAUCCCUACGUUCUCAAGCAGUUUGUCGGACUUCUCUGAUGAGCUUCUACAAGCCAUCACAGCCGUAGACGCCUCCACCGGUCUCGCGUUGCAAGACCCGAAUUCGCUUCCAACAGUCGGCACCGCCCUGCGCCAGCUCGACGUCGUCUUUGCAGGCGUGCUGAAUGGCACGACGAACGCCACAGCCAAUCAAGUUCAAGCUGAUGCAGCGAUCGCGAGCGCGGUGGCGGGCACGAACAACACCGCGCUGACGAACGCGACGAGCACUGGGGAGUUGGCUGUUGGCGCGGCUAGCCAAGAGGAGCUGCAGGUCAUUCAUGAUGCCGCUGCCGCCGCAUUGAAGAACGUCACCGCAAACGUGACGGACACGGUGUCGCAAGCCUUCCUCUCCGCUGCCUCCAGCGUGCUGAACGCGCAGGCAACGGCUACGGCUGCAGCGAGCCGAUGA